AUGAACGGCCUCGAAAUCUCACCCUUCAUCGCCUCCCUUCCCAAGGUCGAGCUGCACAUCCACAUCGAGGGAACCCUCCUUCCCGCCCUCCGCUGGAAACUUGCAAAACGUAACCACGUGCCCCUGCAAUACGAAACCUACGAGGCUCUCCUGGACUCGUACAAGGUCUUCUUCAACCACCGCCCCGAAAUUAACGGCCGGGUCCCGGGUAUCCCGACAUUUCUCGAGGCCUAUUUCGCAGGCUGCGAAGUCUUGAAAACAGAAAAUGACUUCUACGAAAUGUCAAUGGACUACUUCCGGCGCUGCGCCGAGAUGAACGUCCGCUACGUCGAGCCGUUUUUCGACAUCCAGGCGCAUACGCGGAGGGGCGUGCCUGCGGAGGAUGUGCUGAACGGAUACUUGAGAGCUCAGCGAGACGGCGCGGAGGUCCAUGGUGUGAAGUCGAAUUGGAUCUUUUGCUUCAUCCGCGACGAAAGUCUCGAGGACGGAUUGGCUGCGUACGAGGCGGCCAGGCCGUGGGCUGCGGGUAAUGUCGAGGGUGGCAAGGGUCUCUUCCACGCUGUCGGGCUGGCGAGCAAUGCCUUCAAGAGGCCGCCGAUGCUCUUCGAGCAAGGGUUCCAAAGGGCGAAGAAGGAUGGGCUGCAUGUCACAAUGCACUGCGAUUUCGGGCAAAAGGAUACGUUUGAGCACGUCCAUGAGGCGGUUUUCGAGAAGGCAUACACCUACUGUGGGUUUAGUAAGAAGGAUAUGGUCAAGCUGGCGAGGAAUGGGGUUGACAUGUGUUGGGCUAGCGAGGAGGUGAAGAGAGAGUUGUAUCAAGAGUUGGACGCAGUCAAAACCGACUAG